GUGGGGUCGCUGCGGCGUCGUGUACGUCUGCCAUGCCCAGGCUGCUGAGUGCCUUGCGCGUGUUCGCCGCUCUCACUGACAGUGGGCUCCGACCCCACGCAGGCCGCGUGUCGGUGUUUGCUUCGUGGGUUCCGAUGCCGCUCUGUGCGAGUUGGGCGCGCCGUUGCGGUGGGCAAGGGCCUCCUUUUCUCUUCGGUUUCCCCCUUUUCUUCUUGUCCUGCUUCUCAUUCUGUGCACGCUCGCUUCGCCCACUCGCUGCGCGCUCUCUUCAUCGCCUCGCUUCGUCCCGUUCGAACGCCCUGUCCUCCGGCUCUGCACCAUGGCCAUCCGUUCCUCCAUUGGUGAUGUUGGUUGAGCUUCCUUGGAUUUCGCGUUGGCUCCUCAGUAGGAGCGUGGGUCGUUCGGUCCUUGCUGUUCAGGAGAAUCACAGCUACCAACGGACGCAGAAGAGAUAUGUGCCAUAUUUUCUCCAGCCGAAGAACAUUCCGUCAAUGACCAGCCUAAAGAACAGCCGGAUGAGGAUGAGGUGGCAAGCAUGGAAGUAACCCACAGGCCACAGCCAGUUUUCUUCAUAUGCGGCAUGGUACAAACAAUAUGAGAAUUCACGGCACGGUUCUGAGGCAGUACCAGCGAUGGUCAAAAUACCUUACGGGAUGAUGUUGGAUGUUCUUUUAGAGACUCUGGGCCUUCCACCAGCUGAGUACCGAACCAGAGUAUAUGAUGGCAGCAGGGUGUGUGUGACUGUAUUGUUCCAUACACCCACAUCAUAUGUUGGGAAUGAAAGGAAUCGAAUGGCUAUUCCCGUGGUACAAUCUGUUGAUCAUUCUAUGUCAGAAGACAGUGCUGCUAUGGAAGCAAUUGGAUACAUUAAAUGCACAGUGAAGACAGAGAUAAGAGACUAUAAUUGCAGCACCAUGAAGAAACUCGAGGAGGAAAAUCGUUCUCUAAAACAUGAGGUUAAUAUAGCUAGGUACAGCAAGAAGAAGAUGAAGACAAAGAUCAGAUCCAUCAAGAACAAGCUAAUGAUUGCUACAUAUGAAAAGAAGCAAAACGCUAUGGGCUGGUUCGUCUUAACAAGAUACAUGCAUGGAUUAUCUGAUCAUAUAUCCAACGUAACAGUGUUGAAUAUGUCAUCUGGGAAAGGACCCGUAGAUAAGAUUAUCAAUGACCCUCUUAUCAACAUAGAGAAGAAAAGAAGCUAAGAGCCAUCAGGAUGGGUUUUUAGAACCUGGGCCUUUCAAUCUAUGUUGUAUUCUGCUCCUUUUGCUUGCCGUAGCUGCAGAAGCUAGAUGCAAUUGUAUAAUUAGCUUUCUCUUUAAACCAAGACUUGCCAAAGCUAUGUGUGUAAGAAGUAAUGGUACCGUUUAAUAUAUUCCUAUAUGAACGAUGUAGCCACAAUCAUUCAUGUAAAUAACUCAUUUUUCUCCCGGUUAUGGAAAAGAGCUGAUAAUGUGAAGCUAAUUUACUAA